UCAGUGCUUUUGGUGUCACAGGACACAAUAUUCUGCCAGUCGAUGAAUUAACAAAUGUAAAGUUUCAACCACUUGAACAUUUUACACAGUUUGGACAAACAAUUCCGUCAUUCUGUAGCAAACCACUCGGGGGAGCCACACUUAACGUACUAGACCAUCUCGCUUUGUUUUUGGUCUUUCCCUGUGUAGGAAGUCAUGCCGGGCAGCCCCGAGAACAUCGCCUUGGGCGAGUCUACGCUGUCUCAGUCCCGCGACCAGCUGACGCCGCCCAGCCGCACGGAGAGUACGGUGUUCAGCCUCUCCCGCAGCGAGUCGCUGUGGACGGCCGAGACGCCGCCGAGCCGCUGCCAGGUCUUCUGGUUCCCCAUCCACUUCAUGUCGACGGGCGGCGGCUUCCUGGUGUGCGGCAUCAUCAUCAGCGGCCUCUACUUUGCCGGACACAGCCGCAAGGUCAGCAACAUUCUGGGCCCCGCCCUGCUCUCCAUCGGCCUCAUGGUGUUCGUGGUGGGCGUGGUGCUCAUCCCCAUCACCAAGGAGAACAGACGGCUCGCCUUGAAGAAGCCGCUCGCCUUCCAACGGCAUCCCGCCUUCAACAUAUGAGCGCGAGGAAGCUUCUGCACCCGAAGCAUGACUUGCUUUGAUAAGCCAAAGAAGGAAGUGGCUCACUCCAUAAUCACCAUACAGGGAUUCUUAUAUAGUGGACCUUGAUAAUUCCUUAAAGAGUCUACGAAAAAUCCCUUUGUAGUGAGUCGUGACGAUUUUGAUGUAGUGGACCAGAACCUCUUUGUUGGGUGAUUAUCCUCGCAUCUCCAAACUUUUCAGGAAAUUAAAAUGAAUAGCCAGAUUGCAUGAGGUAGCAAACACCACAUCGUUCGUGACUAUUAUACCUUAUUAUAACUGCUAACGCAACAUCACCCCCAAAUCAUGUUAAAUCGCUAAUUUAACACGUCCAAUUUUUUUUUUGCUAUUUUAUGUCGCUGUCAUUUAUAAAAAUGGUACAGACACGUUAGCAGCACAUCGCCAGCGCUAGCCAUCCACAUCAAAGUCUUCGCUCAUGCUGACCCCCACAACCACACAAAAACCUGUAAUACGUGACGACUGCGAUGACAUCAUCCAUCAGCCGUGACUGAUGCAAAAAAUACAACGAUGAGCUCACAAAGCGCUUUCUUCUGCACUCAUCCAUUUUUAACAAAACAGGAUGACUCAAAUGUAUUUAACCAUCUAGACUCAGUGUUGCUUAUUGAGAAAUUUGAUAGCCGCCGUCAAAACAAAUGUUGAAAUGCUGCGCAGUGUUUGCUCGGUCUACCAGUCUUUCCAUUUCAAGCCUCGCUUAUACUCCAGAUCUGGAUGUCCAAAAUGGUGGCUAAAUACCGAUCAUGUGAUCAAAAACGAUCUAAGGCUGUGCUGCCACCUCGAUGCAAACUGCCAUUGAACACCAGUGAAGAAGAAGACCACUCAAUGCAAGAUUUUUUCGCUGUGGGUCCAUGCAAGACUCUUCCAACAAUUCUCUCCUGAUUGAUCUUCCGUUGACGACCCGGUUGACCUCUGACCUUCCUGCCUCGUCGUUCGACCGGGAAUUCCCUCAGCUUUCUACCCCCAACCACAAGUUCUGCCUAAGCGCGUUUUCCUGUCCCCUUGCCCCUUUGGGAUUUUGCUACAAAGAAUUGAGCUGUGGAUUACGGAGCAUUACACGACUUGGCCGCAAAACCUGUUCCCAAUCUUCAAAGGCAUUCUAUCUGGACUUGGACGUGAACUGCUCUGUAUCUGGACAGUGAAGUUAUCUACGUGGCCACUCAGGCGUUUGUCAUCGGACUGGUCACAGUUGAUGUUACAAAUCAUUUCCAACUAUUGCCGUGGUUUGAUGUACUGCGCUUGGUUGGGUUCUAGACCACCACACACAGCCAUGACAACCUUGUUGCAGGUUCUUGCUACUUAUGAGGCCUGUGUUGAAGGCUAAUAAGCGCUAUUUAACUCAGAUGCAUCAGAUGAACUUUACAGUAACAAGACAUUUCCAGUGAAUGAUCCCGAAGGGAAUCUAAUCUGAUCAGGUUUGUGGAUGGUCCCCAGAGGGCUUCUUGGCGCACCGGCUGGCACAAACAUAAAGCUACAGAACACAGAGCUUGUAAUAAAAGUGUCAUACAAAGUUUUUUGUAACAGUGGCACCUUGACUUACAGGUGUCCCAACUUUCGAGUAUUUCAGGUUACGAGCAGCCGCUUUGUUUAGAAUCUUUGCUGUGUGUUGAGAGCUAAAAUUUGAAAAGUCCACCAAAAAUCCCUUUUGUUGUUAUUAGGGACACACCUUCUCCCCAUUUAUUUCUGAGUUUGUAACACUAACGAUUCAUUCAUGAGACUGGGGUGGGAAAACGGCUUAACUGGGCCCGAUUUGGACAGUUUCACUUAGGGGGUGUGCUCACUUUUGUUUACCGUGGAUAAGAAAGUAAUGGCUGUGUGUUCUUUGUUUUAGGGCACGGUAAAUGUACACCGACUACUGGACAUUGUCGCAAAGUGUCAUUUCUUGUGUUGCCUCAUGAAGAUAGAAUUCAGUUAGUUACUCACAUGUAAGGGGUGUGCUCCCUUUUGUGAGAUAGUGUAUGUGACUUCUUCCCACUACUGUGGAAGGAUGCCAGGGAGAUACUCGGGGAUGUCGAUGAUGGAAAAGUGCACUUGAGGGCGGGACUAAUGCGAUGUGAUCACCGAUAUGAGUAGAUUAAACGCCGCUUGACUUUUCCUCUCAACUCAAGUGAGCGGCCAGCAGCGGCGCACAUUCACAAGGAAUAUUAUGGCACAUCAUUGGUGGACGUGAUUACUUCACCGACAUGUAAACUGUGUAUUUCACUUUUAAAUCAUGUCAUAAAUCACAACAAACAACAAUAAAUUGGUUCACAUGUA